AUGAAGUGAAAGGUGGAUGUCGUUGUCGUGAGUGGUAUUUACGAGUAUAAGUAUCACUUAGAAAAUGCGUUUAAAUAUAUUAAUUUACUUGUUAAGUUUUAGUUUCUUGACGUGUGACGCGUUCUUUCUAUUCAAAGAUAAGAAAGAGCCAUUUUUGUUUUGUUACAAAGUGUGUCCUUUGUACUGCCCAGACCUGCUGCAUCAUCGAAGAAGUGAUGAUGAAUCAGUGACGUACUUCGAUGAAGAUUACCCCUCGAAGGGCUAUCACGAAGAAGAGCCAUCGCCUGCACCGAAGGCCUACAUCUAUGAGAAUACUGGGCACCAGCCGUACACCCACAUCGACCACAUUCCGUACCCACCCUACCCUGACACCCGUGACUACCCGGACCACGCUAGCUGGGCAGUGGAGGACAAGUCCCACGGCGGCCGGUGCCACGGUUGUCAUGGCCACCACGGUGGUCACAGCCAUCACCCGUGGAAGCACAAGCCGUUUGAGGUAGAAUACAACGUCAAGUACGUGUUCAAACCUAUUUAUCCGACAACGACAAAGAAGGAACCGGCGACUACGGAGGCGACUACCACUAAAGCGCCGUCGACUACGCCUAAGGAGCUGACUGGUAUAUGCUAUGCUUGCCUGAAGAAAUGCGACUUUUAUGAAUUCCAUUAGGGUUGUCGGAAAUGGUGAUCUUGAUGUGUAGGUUUAGAACUUAAAGUAGCCAAUAUAGUAAUGUUAAUUGUGAAAUUAUUUUAAUUUCAUUUUGCCAAUGUUGUUAUUGUUACCUUAUUUGAUAGGUACAUUGACCUUUAGUUUAGAUAGUAACAAGCCACUAGUAUGGUUAUUUGUAAGAAUCCUUUCUUUCGGAAUUGAUUUCUGGAAACAGAAAACAUUCCACAUAAUAGGAGCAACAUCGAAAAUAUAAAUUGAACAACGCUUCGGUAAUUGAAGAAACGAAUAAUAUGAUAUACUGUUCAACGGUUGUGUAACCGCACUCGCAAGGUUUUGCAAAGUUCCUUUAUUAUGAACCACCUUGAAAGUUACCAUUAUUAAUGCUUACCUUAGAUUUCGACAGUUGUGUUACCAAAAAUAUAUUUUAAUGAACAUUAUAAAUUAUAAGUGGUUACCAGAUUUCAUUAUUUACUUAUCCCAAA